AUGCGGCAGUUUUCGACAGUGGUGCUCUUGAAAGUCUUGCUUGCUGCUGAGGAUUGUGUACAAAAGGUCAGGACGGAUGGACAGUGGCUACUCCAGCAACACAGCCGCCGCGGCCAAUUUCAGAGCGACCUUGGGGUGAAUUCCUUGGCCAACCUCACCCCUUCGGAACUGAUGCCAUGUCCAGGCGCAACCCUGGUGACAUCAUGCAUGAGCCUGGCAGACUAUGAUGCAAUCGUGUCUGCAGUUCGUGGAGCCUUGGAAUCUCUUCCUGCGAUUUGCACUGCCUCGAAUUGCCCACAGGCCGAUUGGGCUGCCUGUGUUCUUCGUAUGGCAGGGCAUGACUUCAUGGACUUUGCUGCUGGACAAGGAGGCUCUGAUGCUUGCACGGAUAUGGCUGACCCAGACAAUGGUGGCUUGCCUGCCUGCCUUGCUACCGGUGAACAUGGCAUUGCUUUGCUUGAUAUCUACCAGCAGUUCUGUGUGGAUGUAUCUUUGGCAGAUUUCCUGGUGAUCGCAGCAGAAGCAGUGAUCCUAUCAACCAGAGCCAGGCAUAUAGCGAGCAACCCGACAGCUCCUCCUUUGAAUCUACGCUCGAGCUUUCGCUUUGGCCGAGUCACAGCCACAUCAUGUGAUUUUGCCGCAGGUCGAUUGCCCAACCCAGAGCGUGGCUGCCAAGCAGUUGAAGAUACCUUCGUCAAUGCUCUUGGUUUGUCAUGGACAGAAGCAGCAGCAUUGAUGGGAGUCCACACCCUAGGCCGUGCAGAUGUCAGCAAUUCGGGAUACCACGGAUGGUGGAGUGAUCCAGAGAACUCCAGGCAAUUCAACAACAAUUAUUACGUCUCACUGCUUGCAAAAGGUUGGAUUCCGGAAUUGGCUGUCGGCGGAAAUUCUGGUAAGAACCAAUGGGAGCGUAGUGACAUUGGCCGCGACACCACCUUUGAUGGACACGAAAUGAUGUUGAACACAGACCUUUGCCUGGCAUACAGUGAAAAUGGACCAGUCAUAGCAACAGAGCACGACUGCUGUGCUUGGUUGACUUCUGAUACCAUUGCGGAUGCAGUAGCAAACAACGGCGGAGAGUACUGUGGUGGCAACCCUGGACGAGGUGAAAGAGGACAGUGCUGUGGAAAUCAAAAUAAUGACUGCGGGAAUCGAAACAAUCCCAGUGGUCCUGCAGCAGAUGCAAUUCUCCGUUUCGCAGCUGAUGAAGCAGCGUGGCUGGAGAGUUUUACUCGCGCAUGGCUCAUUGCCACGGAGAAUGGCCAUGCUGAGCUGCGCCCACUUGGUGAUGGUGACACGGCCGUUGUUGCCGCCGCAAAUGCCGCAGAGUGCCAGGAGAAGUGCCGCGACAUGGACGGUUGCCGCGGAGUCUCAUUUGCAGCUGCCCGCUGCGAGCUUUGGGCGGACAGGAUUCAGGAGACUGUGCCGCAAGCUGGUUCACUUUGCUUGCGUUUCCGUCGUCGCAGAGGCAAAGGUGGCAGAGAUUCAUAG